AUGGUCGCCUUCCCGGGGCUGAGUGCAGCCCGGAGAGUUUUAUGGCGGCCACACCACGGUGGUGCCAGCGACGGCGCUCUGCUUCCCCCUUUGCCAGCGGGGCACACGCAGACGCGCACACGCAGACAUGCGCAUUCUGCACACUCAGGUGGUCACGUGAAGGCGGGCUCCACGAGGGCCUGCUCGGGUUGCCACAGCGCACACAGCACAGCACCGGACGUGCUUUACGGCAGCCGCUCUCAGGCAGAAGGGGAAGCUGCGCUCCCGCCCGGCACUGACGCCCGUACAGCCGCACGUGCUGUCUGCCUCGCUUUACGGCAGUCGCUGAAGGCGGGAAAGCGAGGCUAUGACCCGCCCCAAAGGCGCACACACCACAACGUUUGCUGUGUGUUGCACUUUAGCAGCCCGGCCGAGGCGCGAGGCCAUGGCAGCGGUCUCCAUGGCCACGUCUUUGUGAGCGGGCUGGGCGUCUGUGGGCGCUCCCACUGCUCCGUGACACCCCUCCCCCCGCGGCGGCAAUGGCGGCGCAAGGCGUUGGAGCACGUGAAGACCAAGGAGUGCGACUAUGUGAGCAGCACACACUUCUGGGGUCCCCUGGCCAACUGCCUGCCGCUGGCCGCCUUUCGGGACGUGAGGGCGACACCGGAGGUCAUCCACGGCCAGACCGCGGCGCCCGUCUUCUACUUGCGGCCUCGCACCCGCCUGCUCAUGGCGUGUCAGCUCACGGCGUGUCAUGGCGCCAACGUGAUGGCGCAGAGCGUGCAGGGCAGCCGCCUGCUCACCCCCGCUGCUGACGCCGGCACCGCACCGAGGCCGCCACCAGCACCCCCAGGGCUGCACUCAUGGCACCUGUGA